AUGGACAAAGCGCUUCCCAAGAUGACGCUGAAGGUGGCUUUUGUGAAGGGCGUUGAGGCCAUCCUGCCUGUCGGAACCACCUUCAUUCUGGAGAAUUUUGCAUUGUCAUUGGAAGAGACCCCUAUCACUUCAGGUUCAUUGACCGAAGGUCCUUUGCUGCCGCUUGUCUUGCCGAAGCCUGCUGACAGAGGCAUUGCGGAGAUCUUCUCGGGCAUGGGAGGGUGGGGUAUGGCCACCGAGGCCUUUGGUGCUCAGGCCUUGGUGAGCCUUGAAAAGGAUCAUGCCACUGCCAAGUGUCACGCCCAGAAUGCCAUGAUCCCGACCCUGGAGACUGACGAAGCUAUCGCCCUUGGGCUUGCGGGUGAACUGCCGGUCCGGUUCAUCCUGGUGGGUGAUGUUUUUGACAGUCGUUGUUGGGCAGUGAUGUCAUGGAAAAGGAUUGCAUACUAUUUUGCUUCGCCCCCGUGUCAGAGCUGGAGUGGAGCCGGAUGGCAACAGGGUUUAGAGUCUGUGAACGGCCAAGCAAUGGAAGUUUGUGUUGAGCGCACCACUUUGUUGCAAGCCAGGUCAUUGACAAUGGAGAACGUCCCCUCCAUUCAGACUCAUCCAGACCUUCAGCAUGUAAAGAAGUUGAUACAGCAGUGCAAUUAUGUCAUCGGCCAUGAAGGCAUUGACGAGAUCUACCCAGUCUUGCCUAUCAAGCGCAAGCGUUGGUUGUUGACCAUAUUGCCAAAGGGGAAGACCAUUGACCUGGCGACAAUAGAAUAUGCUAAGCAAGCCAAAUUCCCCUCCUGCUUACCAGUUUUUGGUGCUCGGAAUUCCUUGGCCUUAGCGCGAGCAUUCAAUGACCAUGUCCUUCCAUGGGAGCAGGAGGCCUUGAAGCCUUCAGCUGAUGCGAUGGAGCUGGCAAAAGAUCGAUCGCUGCUGCCGAAACACAUGAUGAAUGGACCAGCCAUUUCCUCACAAGACGAUGUGCUUAAGAGGAGGACCAUAGGGCAAUGGGAACCGGUGCCUUCCCUGAUGUCAUGUUACGGGGGUCAACAUGAACUGCCACGUGACCUGUUGAAGCACCAUGGCCUUCAUUCAUGGUUUCUCAAAGAUGGUGAUCACAUUCGCUAUCUCUCCCCAUUUGAGGGUGCAUUCGCCCUUGGAUUCAGUUCGAAGUUGAUUUUGCCAGCCGAUUUUCGAUCUGCACACCGGUUGAUUGGGAAUGCCAUUUCAUUUGCCCACUCCACGUUGCAGGUUUGGAGAACCCAUCUCCUGUUAGGUCAGGACUCGCCGUUUCGUACCGAUGUCCUCUGCAUUGCAGAUUUGGUUGAGUUGAUUUUCGAUCGCACCGGCAGGUUUGGUGACAAUGUUGUUGUCAGGGAUGGGAACUUUGCCCAUCUCGCUUUCCCAGGUGCUGCUGAACGGAAACGAUCUCAGACUGAUGAUGAGGACUCCCCAGAGGACUCCCAAGCCAAGAGAGCCCGAAGUGAGGACAUCUCACCAACUGUGCCUUUCGAGGUGGUAGGUAUGGACCCGUGCGAGGUGGACCUUGCCAUGCCAUAUCUCAAGCCCAAGGACUUGCAGCGUGUCUCAGUGGCCGCAAGGCUUUAUACGCAGCCGCUCGACCAAGGUGCCUUCGAAGAAGGGUCUCAGGAACUCUUGCCGGUUGAACACCUCAAUUCCUGGGAACAGGGUAGAUUGGUUCAAGUUGCAAACAUGGUCCCUUGCCAAUUGCUCCAUGAACAGAAGAUUUGGACCGAGUUUGUCUGGUUGCCAAAGGACACCAACAUUGGUUUUGCCAUUCAACAGGCCUUGCCACAUGCCUUGGAGUGUCAUUUCCAGAUCAUCCAACAUGAUAUUGCUGAAGUUGGGUUCCAUGAUCGGGUCAACCCAGAACAGCCGUGCACCAUCUUCCUGGACACAGUCAAGAUUGAUCGGUUGGUUUCGCCCGCCUUCACUCAGGAUAGCCUUUUGGUUUCCGUCGAUGUCUGUUGGAAAUUCUCCGAUCUUAUUGCUUAUGUCGCGUCUCAAUGCGGUGUACUGCCAAGUAAGGUUGUCAUCCUUGAUGAUCAUGCACCCAUGCCGGAGUCUGCAUUUGUAUUGCAACAAUUGAGCACUUCGUUUAAGGCAGCCCUGGUCACCAAUCCAUUGGAUACCAGACAGCUCAUGCCAAAGAAGUUUUGUGAUUUUGCAAAUACCAAGGAGGUCACUGUAGCCGGUGUAAAGGUCACCAAUCCGAUGCAUUCUGACAAUGCGGUCCCUGCCGAUUCGGCCGCUGUUCGUUUUGCUGCCAGGAACCCAAAUUGGGGCUCUAUUCGAUCAGUUGCCGUCAACAAACAGGAGCCGGUUGGGAAGUUGGUUCAAACCCUGUUUCCAGACUUCCGUGACCCUGUCCCAAAUGUCACAGCUGAAAGUGCUAUCAUCGAUCCGACCGAUACAGUGGAGACAUUGAUUGCAAAGACCAAAUUGGAGGUUCAUUUCGAAGGGUUCAAGCCUUGGCCUGUCACCGAUUUGGAAUUCCUUUUGCCUUUUGGUCCACCAUCAACCAAUGAUCCUGCCUGCCUCAUGCAACUGUGGGUGCAAGGUCCUUUCGAUUAUCGCGCCAAGCGUGUUCAAGUGGACAAAGAAUGGACGCUCACCAAGUUGGCUGCAUCCUAUCAAGUUCUGCAUCGUAGCAAUCUGACCAUGAUUGUCCUACAGCAUGGCAAGCCAUUGGAUCCACGCCAACAGAUUCAGCAUGUUUGCAGUAAGCAUGAGAUACAAAUUAGGGUUUGUGCCUUGCCAGGAGGAGCCAAGUCUGAGGAUCUUGUGAAGUUUCUAGAGCCGCUCCUGACGAAGCGUGGUGUGCCAGCUGACGCCGUCAAGGCGAGGGUUCAGGCUGUCCUUGCCAAACUCGACCAUGCCACAAUCCGAGCCCACAUGCAUGAUGAUGCACAGACCUUUUGGGGAUAUCUCAAGCAAUGGGCAAACGAUGCCAAGCUUCGUUUAAUUACGCCGGAUGAGUUGAAAGCACAGAAGAAGGCUGGCAGGGCGGAGGCCCGAGCUCAAGCUGCAUCAUCCAGUGCCACACCGUCAGUUCAGAAGUUCCAAGAAGCAUCCACACAACAAGUGGUCAUUGACACGACGCAUUUCCUCGCUAAUGGUUCGCCAGUGCCCAAGAUUGACAUCAAUGCCUUUGCGCCGGAUUCAACAGGUAUUGCAGUGGUGUCCCCGGCAGAAGCCUUGAAGUGCAUGCCGGUCUACAAGACAUCCAUUUUGGUCUUCAAGGAUCGAGCCAGAUAUGUGGAAGGUGAAUUCCGCUUUCGGCAGGGCUACUGCAAAGGAAAUCCCAGGAAAAUGGUGGCGCAAUGGGCUGAGAAGGAAAUGAGAAAUCUCCGUCGCUUAGGGGCAGCCGGCAUUCCUUGCCCGGAGGUGAUUGAUGUAAGACAGAAUGUCCUGGUGAUGGACUUCCUGGGACAGGAUAGCCAUGCUGCUCCCAGGCUUAAGGAUACUGAACUUGCAGACCCAGCAGCUUGGGAGUCUCUCUACAUCGACUGCGCAGUUCUUAUGCGCAAGAUGAUGCAGCAAUGCAAACUUGUCCACGGAGAUCUCUCCGAAUAUAACAUGCUUCAUCAUGAAGGUCGGCUUUACAUCAUUGAUGUUUCUCAGUCAGUUGAAAGUGAACACCCACAAGCACUGGACUUCUUGAAGAGAGACUGUGUGAAUGUCAACAACUUUUUUGGAAAACGCAUGGUAAACCGACCUGUACCUGUCAAGCGUUUGUUUGACUAUGUUGUGACCCGUGAAGACAGGGUCGAAAGAUCAGAUGCCAACACCAUGGCCGAAAGCAAACUAUUCAAGGACUUGUUGAAUGCGGCAGCAAAUGGAACCUUUGAUGAAGAGGAUGCUGAAGACGAGGUUUUCAUUCAGACCUGGAUUCCCAGCAACCUGAACCAGGUCUCAGAUCAGAAAUACCUGGAUCGGGAGCUUGAGAAGAGACAGAACGGUGAGGAGGUGCUUUACGAGCGACUGCUCGCUGGCGAGAACCUACCUGAGGAUCCGGCAGCUGCGUCUGUAGAGAGUGAGGUAGACAAUGAUGCAACCGAAGAGGAACAGGAAGAGGAAAGCCAUUCGGACUCCGAUGAAAAGCGCAAUGGGCACAAGCCUGAAGGGAUGGACAAGGCUGAGUGGAAAAAGAAGGUGAAAGAGGACAGAAGAGAGAAGCGUAAAGAGAAGGUGCCAAAGGCCCUAAAAAAGAGAUACCGCAAGCAAGCAGCACAAGGCAGAUGA